AUGCGACAUUCAAGAUUGAGCCUGGCCCCGUGCCUUGUGCUAGCAUGUGCUGCAUCCGGAGCAUGGGCGCGCAAGCAAUCAUUCAACAUAUACGAUGAUAUAUUGGCCUAUCCACAGUUCCAAGUGCAAUACCCAGAGGAGUACAUUCUCCAUGCCCAAGCUGAAGAGCUACUUCGGAUACAACUCGAAUCAGAGAACGGUAGAUCGGAGCAUGUCCAAAAAGAUACUCAGAUCUACACAGGCAAGGAUCAUGCUGAUGAAGCUGUGCGGGACGACGAAAAGCCGAAAGCACCAACCUUUACCUAUGAAGAAAUGAUUUUGGAUGACCGAAGGCUCCUCUGCCAAAUACCACAAGUGGAAAAAGAUCAAGUUAACUCAACGGCCGGCCACAAGCCAAGCGAAGCAGACGAGCAAAAGGAACUGGCACGCGCAACAGACCGGGGCCUUGAACUUCUACGGGAGAUGGAAGGCAAAUGCAUGUACUAUUUCUCAGGCUGGUGGUCAUACUCUUUUUGUUACAAACAGCAGAUUAAACAGUUCCAUGCACUGCCUGCCGGUCGUGGGAGUCCCUCUUACCCACCUGCGGAGGAUCCUCACUCAACUUCCUUUAUUCUGGGGCGAUUCCCCUCCGACAAUGGUGAUAAGAAACAGCAAAAGUCGAACCAUGAGCCGGCGCUCAGAACUGAUAUUGCAGAGCUACACACCAAAGGUGGCUCACGGUACCUCGUACAACAUCUACAAGGUGGCACUAAGUGCGAUCUUACGGGCCGUGAGCGCCAGGUGGAGGUGCAAUUUCACUGUCACCCGCAGUCAACGGAUCAAAUUGGCUGGAUUAAGGAACUCACUACUUGUUCCUACCUGAUGGUUAUCUACACUCCCCGCCUGUGCGAUGAUGUUGCCUUUAUGUCUCCUCAACAGGACGAAGUCCACAAUAUUGAAUGCCGUGAGAUCCUUAUGCCUGAGGAUGUCCCUGAAUGGGAGGAUGCGAAAGAAUGGUAUUUGGCUCAGCGAUUGGUAGAAGAAGCCACAACCCAGUCAGACAUUCAGAUCGUGGGUGGAAUUAUAGUUGGCGGUCGUCAACUUGUUGGGAUGGAUGGCAAGCGGAUUGAAAAAGGCCGCGUGGCGUCAGCUGGCGAGGAACACAUUGAGGUAUUGGCGAAGCGAGAGAAUGGCGAGGUGAAACAAAUGUCCAAACAAGCAUUGAAAAAAUACGACCUGGACCUAGAAAAACUCGAAGAGAUAAAACAACAACUUGAGGAACUCUCCGAAGGUAAAGACUGGAUCCUCGAGGCUGUGGAUGUCAACGGCGCUAUCCAUUUCACGGGUCGACUGGAAGGGAAAGAUGAAGAAGUCGACUCAGGCUCCGCUGAACAACAGAGGAAAGAGAAAGACCAAAAGCCUCUGGGUAAAGAUUCCGAAACUAAGGAGCCUACAAUGCAAGAACAAGAGUCGGCAUCUGGAGAUCAAACCGACCAGGAAAAUCCACUCAACUCUGACUCGGAGUCCGAUAAUUCAAAAGGAAGCGAGGAGACUUUCAAGGAUGAGCUAUGA